AUGAGCGCAAAUUCGCAAUCGUCAUCAGGGCCCGCAUCGGAGCAUAGGGACCACGGGUCCGAGUAUGCGGAGGAGAUCGAAAACCCCGGGCUCGAUGUUCUGUCCCUAUCUCGAGCGGUUAAAGAGAGAAAAGCUGAGUACACCCAUAGACGAAACAUUCGAGUCAAGGUCGGCUCGUGGAACGUUGCCGCCAUUUCCGGUACCGAGAAAGACGUUGGAAAGUGGUUUGUGCAGGGAGAAGGAGUCUGCGAGAAGUUCUCCGGGUCCAAAUGUACACAGGGCCAGGAGCCCGAUGCUCAAACCAGCAAGAAUGAGCAGGCGAGCUCCGGUGGAGACAAGACCGCACCCUUCCACUGCAGUCCUGAAGAGAUAGACCUCUAUGUUUUGGGACUACAGGAGGUGGUCGAUGUUUCUUCUCCCGCAGAAGCCUUACGACCAUACGUUGACCCGGCACCAUCAAAGCGAUGGAAAGAGGCAGUGCACCAGUCGCUGCCUUCCGGCUAUCAGCUUGUUUCUGAAAUUCAGUUGAUUGGACUGUUGCUCUUGGUCUAUGCCUCGCCUGCCAUUGGAAAUAGCAUCUCGUCUGUCAGCACCACUUCAGUUGGGACCGGUUUGAUGGGCUAUAUGGGAAACAAGGGUGCCGUGGCAGUCCGUCUCGUUCUUGGUGAAACGGCCCGUCUAGUAUUCAUCAACUCUCAUCUAGCUGCUGGGUCAGACAAGAGCAGCCUGGAGCGGCGCAACUGGGAUUCUUCUCAGAUUGUCCAGCGUGCAAGGUUUGAUCCGGUCUCGGAUGAUGAAGGCCAACCAGAUGAGUCCGGCGAAGCCAUCGGAGACGAGGACUUCACAUUCUGGUUUGGAGACCUCAAUUACCGUCUCGAGGACAUCCCUGGGGAUGACGUGCGUCAAGUUCUCGCACGUCAUACUGAAAACGCCUACGACAAGAAGCGCCAAAAACGCCAGUCCUCAGGUGAACCUCAAGACUCAAUUCCUGAUUCUGAGGAAUCGCCACCACCGUCUCCCCUCGGCGAGGAUGAGACCAAUCCAGUCACCGAUGAAGAGAUUGACCCUCAUAAUGACCCGGCAUCUCUACAAACUACAAUCUCAUCGCUUUUACCCCAUGAUCAGCUACGACUUCAGCAGAAAAAGGGAACGGCAUUCCAUAAAGGAUGGCGGGAGGGUCAAAUAACAUUCUUACCGACGUACAAGUACGAUAUUGGUAGUGUUGCCACAUUUGACUCGAGUGAAAAGCAUCGGGGUCCAAGCUGGUGCGAUCGAAUCCUGUUCCGCACCAAACGGGAUAAGCUGAAACACGAGCAACUCGACCAGGAAGCCGAGGUUGCUCGGCAAAGGGACGAAGAAAUGAAAGCUCGUGGGUUGGAUAAGGCUGUUGCGGAUGAUAAUGUUCUGUUCGAAUAUGACCCUGACACCGAUGGGGCUCAAAGCGAGGAGUAUGCGUCGGAUGAAGACCAGGCGGACGACGAUGCGCCCACAGUUGCAUCGCAUGACUCCUCACAGGACCCGAUUCAUUUGGAUCAUUAUCUGUCUCACCAAGGAAUCCUAUCGUCGGACCACAAGCCCUUGGAUGCCAUUUUUACCUUGAGCUUUGAUGCCGUCAACCCUCAACUCAAGACAAAGAUUCACCAGGAGGUAGCUCGUGAACUGGACAAGGCAGAGAAUGAGGCCCGGCCAGACCUAACAGUCGUGGUUGACAAAUAUGGCGAUCAGAAGCAAUCAGAAAAAGACCCCAACGCUGUCGACUUCGGCGAUGUCGCCUUCGGUGUGCCAGUCCAUCGGUCGUUGACAAUUGCCAACACAAGCGGCAGUGCAGCCAAUUUCUCCUUUGCCGAGCGGCACAAUGACAAGGACGAAACAAUUCCUCAAUGGCUUGAGCUUCAUGUUUCUCGCUCAUCAGAGAAUGACGAGAACAACCAAUCGACUGCUUCUUCGUCUGGCAGCCACACUCUGCAUCCUGGGGAAGUAGCAAAUGUUGAGGUCAUUGCUCACAUCCGCAAUAUUGAGCAUGUCCGCCUACUCAACAUACAAAAGGUCAAACUAGAAGAUAUUCUAGUCCUUCAUGUGGACGGUGGCCGUGACCAUUUUAUCUCCGUGCAUGGGCAUUGGUUGCCAACGAGUUUCGGAUGCACUGUUGAUGAAUUGACGCGCAUGCCAGAAGAGGGUGCUCGUAGCCUUGCCCAAUCCGACGCCCCGCAUCCAUCCAGCACCGACGGGUCUUCUACGAACCGCCUGUCGGCACCCCGGGAGCUCUUCCGACUAACCGAGGCAAUUUCCGAACUGACAGAGCGCGCCGUGGCCGAAUGGAGCAUGACGAACGGUGAAUCCGAGGAGCACAAGGCACCAUGGGCAACAGACCUCUCAGGAGGCGCAUGGCCUUUUCAACCAGAUACAUGGACCCUGAAAGACCCAGAGGAGCGUUCCUCGCUGCAGAAUUGCGUUCAUGAAGCACUAGACACGAACCAAGGACUUGUUGCAGUGUUCCCUCCCGAGAUUCCAUCUAUCCAGCGCUUAGAGAUUCUCUCCGAGACGCUUCUCACUUUCCUCAACUCCCUCAAAGACGGAAUCGUGACCGCAUCGGUGUGGCAAGACAUGGAACAGCAGAUGAUUGCCCGCGAGAAGGCCAAAGCUCCAGCUCGAACUUGGGAAGAGACCCAAGCAUGGGUACUCGAAAGCCUCGCUUAUUCGCCCGCCCACAGCGUCUCAUUCACCUUCGUCACCUUCAUGCUUGCCCGCAUUGCCAACGAAGUUGCCCCGGUGUCGUCCACCACAUCGCAACAUGCGUCCAGACAAGGCGAUCCUGGAUCAACAGGGAAGUCUGAGCCUACAAAUGUUGAACAAACACAACCACCUACUCCAACCGCAGCUGCAGCUUCUUUCAUCUCAACUGGUGCUUUCCGUCGCAAGAAUCGGUCCUCAAGUACAUCUACCAACAGCCCGGAGGCCCCUCCCCCAAACCCUUCAAUAGCACGUCGACAAGCAGUAGAGGCUGCUUUAGCAUCCAUAUUCGCACGUGUUCUUAUCUCUGCCUCAGCCACCAUGCCGGCCAAGGAAAAGGAACGUCGUGCAACCGACGAGCGGAGAAGGUCGAUCAUUGAGCCGUUCCUGAAGAUGAUUGGAGUGGAUGAUCGGGGUCCGUCAGGAGGCCGAUCUUGA